UCACUCCUAUCAUCUCAAAACGCAAAGUUUUCUCUUCAAAGAAGAAAUCAUUUUCUUUCAUUUUCCUUCCAAAUCCUUAGAAACACUCACUCUCAACCCUUCACACAACUCAAAAUAUGGCUCUUAACAUCACCACCACCAAAACAGCCGUCACCAGUCUGGUCAAGGCAGCAAGUCUUCCUAGGAGGGCUUAUGUCACCUUCUUGGCCGGGAACGGUGACUAUGUUAAGGGCGUGGUGGGUUUGGCCAAGGGCCUGAGGAAGGUCAAGAGCAAGUAUCCACUUGUGGUGGCCAUCCUCCCCGACGUUCCUGAGGAUCACCGGACGAUUCUGGUGGAGCAAGGAUGCAUCGUCAAGGAAAUUGAGCCAGUGUACCCGCCGGAGAACCAGACCCAGUUUGCCAUGGCCUACUAUGUCAUCAAUUACUCCAAGCUUCGUAUAUGGAACUUUGUGGAGUACAGUAAGAUGGUAUACUUGGAUGGUGAUAUUCAGGUGUUUGAGAACAUCGAUCACCUGUUUGACAUGCCGAACGGAAAGUUCUACGCCGUGAUGGACUGUUUCUGUGAGAAGACAUGGAGCCACACUCCUCAGUACAAGAUCGGAUACUGCCAGCAGUGUCCGGACAAGGUCCAGUGGCCGGCGAAGUUGGGUCCCAAGCCUCCUCUCUACUUCAACGCCGGCAUGUUCGUUUUCGAGCCUAGCCUCUCCGUCUAUGAUGAACUCUUGAGGAAGCUCAAGAUCACCCCUCCCACCCCUUUCGCCGAGCAGGACUUCUUGAAUAUGUUCUUUAGGGAAAUUUACAAGCCAAUUCCGCCGAUUUACAAUCUGGUUUUGGCCAUGCUAUGGCGGCACCCCGAGAACAUCGAGCUGGAGAAGGUGAAGGUGGUGCACUACUGUGCCGCCGGGUCCAAGCCGUGGAGGUUCACUGGAACAGAACAGAACAUGGACAGGGAAGACAUCAAAAUGUUGGUGAACAAAUGGUGGGAUAUUUACAAUGAUGAGUCGCUGGACUACAAGAAUUAUGUGGUUUCUGGUGAGGAUGAGGCAGUGAGCUGGCAACAGUUCCUGGCGGCACUGUCGGAGGCCGGCGUUGUUCACCACUUUUCAGCUCCAUCCGCUGCGUAAUUGGCGGUCCCCGUGGAGACACAGAUAUAGGACUAAUGUGUGAUUAGGUGAUUUUUUAUUUUAUUAUUUUUAGCCUUUCUCCUUUUUAUAAAAUGGAAGGCUUUUUAAGCCCUAUUUCAGGGUUGCGUGGACUGAAUAGGACCCCUGUUUCCUCUUUUUAUUCUUUUUUUUUUUUUUUAAAUGAAUACAUAUUAAGUAA